AAAAGAUUCCCAAAUGUCUGUCGCUCUUUAUUAUCACGGAUAAUGACAAUUUAAACAGCUGCACAAAGAAAGUCUUGCAACAACAACAACAAAAAAUCCCGUGCGAUCAUCUACAUAAAUUCUACACAUGGAUUUUUUUUAGGAGCUGUGACCAUCCAAAAACAGUGCCAUUUUUAGCCAUUUACUGCUGACGUUUACAGAAGCUUCAAAUAGCUUCCGUUUCACUCUGGCAGUGAUUGGACUGUCCUGUGCCGUGCAGUGAGCUAACGCGCUGACUGUGGGAGCACAAGCCCGACAUUCUUCACUUCAAUGGAGGAACAGCCCAAAGAUCGGGCACAAGACAGGCAGCAGCACCACCACAACGGAGAGGACCGGAGCUCCAUCCAGCGCACGGCGUGUCUGAAACAUGAUCAGAGCCAGUUCCAGUGCCAGCAUCAGGAAACGCAGGCGAAGAAAACAGGCAGUAAAAAUGUAAUCAUCAACGACGAGGAGGGGGAGAAAAAUCCACACCUGCCCUACACUGUUGGUAUGUCCCAUUCCUCCAGCAGCAAUGGUAAUAGACACAUAAGUAACUCAAAUGUGAAGCAGAAAGGGCCGCAGAAGCACUACAUUUCUGUUCAGAAAGUGAGCAGCAAAUUCUCUGAGCAUAAGAAGAAUAUGGACUUAAAAAAUGACAAGGAGAAGGCGCUGGAUUUGAGUCAUUAUGAGAUUCAGCCUUCAAACAAGAAAGACUCUGCUUUGCUUCAGAACGGGCUUGUGAAUUGUGGCCUCAUCACUAACGGCUAUUCCAGUAAGGACAAUGACGGAAGCGGCUCCGAAGGCGGAUAUACCACCCCGAAGAAACGAAAGAGCAGAUGCGGCAACACCAAGAGUGCCGAUAAUGUGACGAAAGACAAAGAGAGAGACAUGCAGCCCCGCAACACUACGCCGGGAGCCUCGAGUGUCGAGACGCCCGAGAAAGGAACAGCGUCCAGACUCGACGGCUUCCGGUCCAGCUACAAAGCAGAAGCUCAGACGACUGCUAAACGGGCCGUCGCAUCAGAGACUUCAGUCGCCGAACCUCAGAGGAAAACCUCUGAAGGUAAAGCAGCUGGCACAUUUGGUAAGAAAGCAGAGGAAAAGCACAAGGGCAAGCUUUCCUCACCUUCAAAAGAGGACUCGUGGACUUUGUUCAAGCCCCCUCCUGUAUUUCCUGUGGACAAUAGCAGUGCUAAAAUAGUUCCCAAGAUCAGUUAUGCAAGCAAAGUAAAAGAGAACCUCAAUAAAGUAGCUCAAGGCGGAGGAGAGGCAGCACCUCCUCCUGUGAGACUGUCCCAGGUCCCCAUGUCUGCUAUGAAAACUAUCACCUCGGCUAGCUUUACUAACGGUCCUGUUCCUGGGAAUGGGAACGGCUGCCCGUCCGUGGGCACCUUCUUUGCUCCUGCUGCUAGUUGUGUUCAAUCAGCCCCGUCUGUCCCAAGUGGCGAGAAUGUAGCAUCUUCUUUGGAAAGUAGCUGUAGCUCUACGACGAGUCCCGUAGACGGCGAGGCGAGCGAGCUCAGAAAGUGUACUGUUUUAAUCUACCCUUUAAAUAUGCAACCCGUGCUCCCGAGCGCUCGCCACCUCGACCCACCGGCUGCUCAGACAAAUCAGAAAGCCCUGGGGGACAUCUUCCAGAACCAGUGGGGGCUCUCCUUCAUCAACGAGCCCAACCCGGCCCUCGACGGAGGGAACGGGUUCGUGCCUGCCGAGGACCAGACUUCUGUGACUUCUCACAACGGGAGUCAGGCUGUCCCAGCCAAGGUUGCCCAGCCCCUCUUUGACAUUAGCCCAUUUCUAGAAGCCGAAGCUUUUUCUCAAGAAGCGGAGAAAAGGACUUGUGCCCCCUGCCAAGUAUCCAGUGUUUGCUCUCCUGCUAGCACGGCGAGCGAGGAGGAGACCAAGCUGCAGCCAAGUGUUCAGGAAAAGACGAAAGUGGAGCUGAAGGGAGUGGGUUCUUCUCUGCUGGCCCCCAGUAAAGACAACGGUGCUAAGCCUGCAGUGGGCCAGCAGACCACUGUGCUGUUCGGUUCCUCUAAAGAACAGAUCCACCCAAAAGACGUUGGCAGGAGGUCCAGCUGGGGUUCCUUUGACCUUAAAGCUGCCGUCACCUAUCACACUAAAGAAAUGGAAUCCAUUUUCAACUUGCAAAAACAAGAUCCAAAAAGAAUAGUGUUUUAUGAUGAGACCAAGGACGGACCUGAUCAGUGACGUAGAUCAUCUCCAGUGCUUACUGUCUUCUCCUCUGGGUGCUGCAGUUAUCUACCUUGGAAAAAGUAAAAAAAAAAAAAAAAAAAAAAUCCUGUCGGAUAAAGUGACAACUGUGAAAACACUGAUAGCUAAGCAUGAUUUUCCUUGGAAACUCGGGUUUAUUGAAACUUUUUUUUUUUCCUUUGGGAGCGCACCAGACAAAACACACACACACACGCAGACACACUCUGGAUGGACAUUAAAAAGGAGUUGAUCGGUGCCUCUCCAACACGAUGAAUGGACCUUAACGACUUCUAGCUGUGGUAGUCCUCGUCUCAUGGCUUUUAAGGGAUAAUGUUCGGGAGUUCACCAAGGCAGGUGUCUCGGACCGCACCUCCUUAAGCCUUUAUCCUGUCGAACUGUUGGGAUGCCUCCGUCGGUUUCUUUCUUCACUCAUUCAAAUGAGUUCACUGUAGAUACGUUGGACGUUCCACACACAGAUCUGCGCUUGAAUUAGUGGUGAAGGAAAGGAGACGAUUGUUAACGAAAUGCCUUCUGAGUUGUAGAGUAAAGGUGUUUUGCAAUCCUGUUAAGGCGGCAGUGGACUUUUGUGAGGCUCCAUCCGGGAAGGGAGAAUCUUGUCUUAAAACUCUAUAGAGAAAAAAAACUACUCAGAGCCCUGAAAUUUUCUAUGUACCGCAGUUGUUUUUAUGCUGUUUCAGCUGACCUAACACAAGUAUUAUUUGCAUCGCUGUUAGACCCCAGAGCUAAGGUACUGAAGUGCCGAAUUUGAAGGAAAGCCACGCCCCUUUACGACGUUUGUUCAGUUGGUGUGCUGAAAGGUUUUAACAUCGGGUCUCCGUUAAACUGUUUCUGUUGAAGCCUUCGCUACAUUUCACUUUAGACGGUCAUAAAUUAUCACAAAGUUUCUUUAAAUUCAAAAUCAUGCACGCUUUUUUUUUUUUUUCUUCAGAGUUUAAGAACAAACAAGUAUUGCUUCUGAUUGGCUGUUCUGUUUUAUUCAGCUGCAACACUCAGGAUAUCUCUACAAACAUUUUCUGUUCAGUUAAAGAAAAAUGUUUCAUUUUACAUUUGUUUUCCUAGCAUGUUUUGUUUUUUUUCACUCAAUGACUUUUUGUUUUUUAAUUCCUUCAUUUGCCCCCAUGUUUACUGGUAUACUUGAGUCCCUUUUCAUUGCCACAGAAACACAAUAACUCAUUUAUCGCAACCUUCAUCUUAGGUCUCAAACUAACCGCUUUGUCAAAAAAAAAAGGAAAACUGUC